GUGACGUAAGCGCACGACUCCCAUUGAGCGGAGACGCUUCACGAUCAUAAGACCAGGACGCCGUAUCUGAGCACCGCAGGUUGAUCUACUCCUAUUUGAAGGCCGUUUAUAGAUAUUGGAAAUAAUAUACGAAGAACUGACUAUCUGCACUUCUACCUACGUUUCUCUCCUAGACGACUGAGGAGGUGGUUGUGUGAGGUUAGGGGAUAGGGUGUGUGAGUGUGUGUGCGAGUAAUGGCGGAGCAGCAGAGACAACGUUCACUCUCCACGUCGGGAGAAUCCUUAUACCUGGUCCUGGGAGUUGAUAAGAACACAGGACCAGAAGACAUAAAGAAAUCCUACAGAAAAUUGGCUCUGAAGUUCCAUCCAGACAAGAAUCCCGACAAUCCAGAAGCGGUUGAGAAAUUCAAAGAGAUCAACAACGCUCAUGCCAUUUUAUCAGACCCCACCAAACGCAACAUCUAUGACAAAUAUGGAUCUCUGGGCCUUUACGUGGCAGAACAGUUUGGAGAGGAGAAUGUUAACACUUACUUUGUAUUGUCCAGCUGGUGGGCCAAGGCAUUGUUUAUAUUCUGCGGUGUGGCUACAGGCUGUUAUUUCUGCUGUUGUCUGUGCUGCUGUUGUAACUGCUGCUGUGGGAAGUGUAAACCUCAUCCUCCGCGGGCAGACGAGCCGGAUUUCUAUGUGUCUCCUGAAGACUUAGAAGCUCAGAUGCAGUCUGAUGAGAGAGAUGGCAGCAGUCCCAUCGUGAUGCAGCCGUCCUCUGCCACAGAGACCACUCAGCUGACUGCAGACUCUUACCACACCAGCUACCGGACAGACGCCAGCUAUUAAAACCUUCCCCUCUCUCACACAUGGGACCACCAUCCCGGAAGAGGUCACGCUGUGGAAUGAGUGAUCCAGAGGAAAGAGGAUGAGGGGUUAGUUAGUUACAGAUCUUCUGUUGAAAAACCUGAAAUGCUUCACUGUACAGGGCAAGAAGCGAGUUAUUAUUUUUAUUUGCCUUUAACCUCUAUCAUCCCCAAACCUACUGCUGUUAUAUUCAACACACACACACACUCACUCACUCACACGCGCGCGCACACACACACACACACACACACACACACACACACACACACACACAAGGACUUUCUUACAGUGUCCAUACAGUCUUCCUGCUAUGAUCCAUGCUUCAUCUUUCACACAGCGUUUGUCUACAUGAUCACUGAAGAUCAUUUUGAUCAAUCUUAUUUGAGAAUUAAUAUGUAACAACAGGACACAAGGAAAUAUGUUGUAUGCUUUAAUGCUUUCAGCUAUCAUAAUGGCCAGUGAAGCUGGUGUUACACUAACUGACUGGAAACAACUUGAUAAUGGUUCAUUCAACACUACCAUUCAAAAGCUUGGGUUCAGUAAGAUUUUUUUUAAGGAAUUAAUACUGUUAUUCAGCAAGGAUGAAUUAAAUUGAUCAAAAGUUGACAUUUAUAAUAUUACAAAGAUUUCAGAUCAGAGAAUCCUGGAAAAAGCAACACAGCUGUUUUCAACAUUGAUAAUAAUAAGAAAUGUUUCUUGAGCAGCAAAUCAGCAUAUUAGAAUGAUUUCUGAAGGAUCAUGUGACACUAAUGAUGCUGAAAAUUCAGCUUUGCAUCACAGGAAUAAAUUACAUUUAAAAAUAUAUUAAAACAGAAAACAGUUGUUUUACUUUGUAAUAAUAUUUCACAUUUUUUCUGCAUUUUUAAUCAAAGAAAUGCAGCCUUGGUGAGUGGAAGAGACCUCUUUUAAAAACAUUAAAAAAUCUUACUGACCCCAAACUUUUCAAAAGUUAUUGACCUUUUCAUGCAUGUGAUUAGCACAAACCUCACGAUCGCACCAUAAAGUUGUCCUGGGUUGUUUUCGUAUAUAUUUCCACAUUCUGAGUCAGUGUUUUGACCUAAAUGUUCUGCUCAUGUUAUGGACUAGUAACAGACCUGUGCAAUGUUUAAGCAGAAGUCAAAAUGUAUAAAUUAUAAUCCUUCAGAUUAAAAUUUCAAGUGUUUCGUUAUAUCAACAGGAAAUGGUUUUCAGUAGUUUUAGUACACAUACAUUUAUAUUUUUUAAACAGGAAAACUGUAGUGUAGUCACUGAGGACACGGUUGAGGAAACAUUGCUGUGUCAUGCUGUGUAUGUUUAUGUGAGACGUCUCGUGUUAAUGGCAUCCGGUGGGCAUGUACUGUCAAGUAUAAUCAUGCAGUGCUUAGCUCUGCUCGAUUUGUGUGUGUGUGUGUGUGUGUGUGUGUGUGUGUGUGUGUGUGUGUGUGUGUGUGUGUGUUUGGUCGGUCACUGGAACAGGAGAUUGGGAUUGUCAGAUACAUACUGAGACUCUACCAGGUUAUUUAUUCUUGUGCAGGUUACUUCCAUCUGUUUUCUUAAAGGGAUAGUUCACCCAAAAAAUAAAAAUUGCCAUCAUUUACUCGCCCGCAAAUUGUUCUGAACCUGUAUGAGUUUCUUUCUUCUGCUGAACAUAAAAGAUAUUUUGAAGAAUGUAGGUAACCAAACAAGUUCUGGUCCCCAUUGACUUCCAUAGUAUGAAAAUACUAUGGAAGUCAAUUGAAAAAAAAUUAUUAUUUUUUUUUUUGGGUAAGCUAUCCCUUUUGAGGCUUUAAGUUAAAGGGUUGCACUAGCAUUAGUGUUUGCAUUUCUCAGGUUUGUGGUUUCAGAAGACAGACAUUCAAUUCAAGCACAGGAGGAUUGUGGGUAAAGGGAUUCAUCUGCAUACAUUUUGGCUGUAAUUGUACCCAUAAUUUGAUCUUGUUCCCUAGUGCCUGGUUUAAUGUAAUCAGGUCAACAUAAUAUUUUACUGUAGUUAAUACACAUUAACAGUAUUAUUACUGUUAUUAUGCCUAUAUAUAUAUAUAUAUAUAUAUAUAUAUAUAUAACUCUGUGAUCUGUAUUCUUCAGGCUAUAAUAGUUCAUGCUUGCUGGUUUUGAUCAUGUCAUUCAUACACGAUUCAGGGUUCCCACAUUCAUGGAAAACCUGGAAAUAUCAGGGAAGUUUAAAUUUAUGACUUGGAAAUUAACAAAAAAAGUCCAUUCUCUAUACAUUUUCUAGCUUUGCUCAGCCCUAAAAUAUUUUAUUGGCUAGAAAUUGCUCAUGAGCUACAAUCCUAAGCAGGAUUUUACAAAUCCUUAUCUAGUAAUCAUGGGUGAAUGGAAAGGUCAUGGAAAAAUCAUUUGUCAUGGUCAGAUGUUUUGGGAACCCUGACUCUUGCAAACUCCUUUUUUCUUCCCUUUUCUUUUAUCUCCCUGAAUGCAUGCAUUUUAUUUUUGAUAGAAGUGAACAUAAGCAUACUAUGGAAGCUUGUUUUUCGUCAUGGAAUUGAGAGUUCAUAUCGCACAUUUCUGACUUUUUUUCUCACAAUUGCGAGAUUAUAUCCCGCCUUUUUUUGUGAGAUAUUAACUCACAAUUGCUGAUUAUAAAGUCAAUUCUUGCAAUUGUGAGUUUACAUGUCAAAUCUCGCAGUUGAUGCUAGAAAAAUGCUAAAAAAAAAAAAAAGAAUUGUGAGUUAAAAAGUGGCAAUUACCUUUUUUUUUUUUUUUUUUUUUAAUUCAGUGGCAGAAACAAGCUUCCAUAGCAUACAGAUUUUAAAGUAGGAAAUCCUUAUUUCUGUUUUAGACACUACAUAUAUGUGUGUGUGUGUGUGUGUGUGUGUGUGUGUGUGUGUGUGUGUGUGUGUGUGUGUGUGUGUGUGAGAGAGAGAGAGAGAGAGAGCUCUGAAUUUAAUCACUGUACCACCAUCUAUGUACUGUGUUCAAAUAUGUCAUUUCUUUAAGCUGUAUAUCUGUCACUGUUUGGGCAUGUGUUUUUGAAUGUGUCUGCAUACAUUCAUUUACAUGUACUUAAAAGAGGAUGUGCAGAAAACUUGUGUAAUUUACCCCAAAUGUGUAUGUUUUAUUUGUUUAGGUUCACAUUGUGGAUAUUUCAUAGGUGUCUACAUGUAUCUCAUAGUUAUAUGUUUUUUGUAUUUAAUUCAUGUCUGAAUCAUUAGGCAGAUUAUUAGUGAUCAUGUUUCUAAACAUUUCUAAAACUGAACUGUUCACAAUGUGUAACGCUUUUUAUUUGCAAAAUAUUAUUUCUCAACACAAGCUCCACUGUAACACAGCUACUGAUGUCAGUUAUCCCAGUUUUCCUUUCCAAUUAUUUGUAUUUUUUUUUCAUGAUCAUAAUUGAAAAAACAUUGAUCUGACAUUGAUCCUGUUGCUUCCAGUCUAAGAAUAUGAGAACGAAUGGAGCCUUGUGUCUGAGUGCAACACCUAAACAGAAUCAUGUUAUAAAUGAAGGAAAUAGUGUAAACAUGGUGAUGAGAAACAAUAUUUUAUUUAUUAUUUUCCUAUGUUUUUAAUAAAUUACAUAGUUCAGUAGGUGUAAGCCAAUAUUGUACAGAAUGGCUGAAUUGUUUUGCGCAUUCUGGAUCAAAUCAGCUGAAAUUGUUGUAGCAUGAAUAUACUGUGUCAGAGACGUAACAUGGAUAAUUGGUCUGAACAGCUGUAAAUUAAAUGUGAAGGAAGCUAAAAAAAAGUAUCUGUGGUGUUUGUGUGUUUGUGCAAAGGCAAUGAUGAUCUGCAAAAUAAAAUGUUAAUGUUGCUUUUUACACUUGCAGCGAUGUAACAAAAGGAAUCUUAAUUCAAUUAAAAGUUAGAAUAUCAAGCCAAAAACAUUUAAGUGAAAGUAAGAAAAGUUGUAUGUAUUAAAGUAAAAGGUUUUUGACAAA